GCGAUCUGAUUCCUCAUCCUUGAUUCCUUGAUCUUUGGUCCCGCCAUGGGAGCCUGAGCGUCCUCCAGUGCCCCCCGGCCCCCUGCCCCUGGGGCCUCGCGGGGGAAGAGGCCAGCGGUGUGGGACCGAGCGCGGGGUGAGCCAACUCGGGAGCCCCCCUCGACACCCCCCCACCGGCCGCGCCGCCCGUCCCGGAGCGCGGAGUUCGGAGCGACCCCGGAGCGCUGCGGAUACAAAGGCGCCGGGCCGGGCCGAGCUGCGCGCCGGGGGCUGAGCCCACCCGGCAGCUGGCGGCGGCGGGAGCGUCGCUUGAUUUUCUCUGAGCUAAGCCCACCCGUCCAGCAAAAUAGAGUCCCUCAGGGUGAAAGUUGACUUCCUGAAGGUGCCUCUUGGCCUGAAGAAGCCGGUGUUGAAGGAGGUGGCUGUGGGGCCCCCCAAGAGGCCCCAACCUGCGGCCCUGGAGCGCUAUAAGGCAAGGCGUUCAGACGCCAUGGACACCGAGUCUCAGUACUCGGGAUAUUCCUACAAGUCAGGCCACUCCCGAAGUUCCCGCAAGCACAGGGACCGCCGGGACAGACAUCGCUCUAAGAGUCGAGAUGGGAGUCGCGGGGAUAAGUCCGUGACAAUACAGGCUCCAGGAGAGCCCCUGUUGGACAACGAGUCUACUCGAGGGGAUGAGCGGGAUGACAACUGGGGGGAAACAACAACAGUAGUCACGGGCACCUCUGAGCACAGCAUCUCCCACGAUGACCUCACACGCAUCGCCAAGGACAUGGAGGACAGUGUCCCUUUGGACUGCUCUCGUCACCUGGGUGUGGCGGCAGGGGCCACUCUGGCCCUGCUCUCUUUCCUCACACCACUGGCUUUCCUGCUGUUGCCCCCACUACUGUGGCGGGAAGAGCUGGAGCCAUGCGGGACAGCCUGCGAGGGCCUAUUCAUCUCCGUGGCCUUUAAGCUGCUCAUCCUGCUGUUGGGCAGCUGGGCUCUGUUCUUUCGCCGGCCCAAGGCCUCGCUGCCCCGCGUCUUUGUGCUGCGUGCCCUGCUCAUGGUGCUCGUCUUCCUGCUGGUUGUCUCCUACUGGCUCUUCUACGGUGUUCGCAUCUUGGAUGCCCGAGAACGCAGCUAUCAGGGCGUAGUGCAGUUUGCUGUGUCGCUGGUGGAUGCGCUGCUCUUCGUGCACUACCUGGCUGUGGUCCUGCUAGAGCUGCGCCAGCUCCAGCCCCAGUUCACGCUCAAGGUUGUGCGCUCUACCGACGGUGCCAGCCGCUUCUACAAUGUUGGCCAUCUCAGCAUCCAGCGCGUCGCAGUAUGGAUCCUGGAGAAGUAUUACCAUGACUUCCCUGUCUACAACCCUGCCCUCCUCAACCUGCCCAAGUCCGUCCUGGCCAAGAAAGUGUCUGGCUUCAAGGUGUAUUCUCUCGGAGAGGAAAACAGCACCAAUAACUCCACUGGCCAGUCUCGGGCUGUGAUUGCAGCCGCAGCCCGGCGACGAGACAACAGCCACAAUGAGUACUACUAUGAAGAGGCAGAGCAUGAACGCAGGGUGCGCAAGCGGAGGGCCAGGCUUGUGGUGGCGGUAGAGGAGGCCUUCACUCACAUUAAGCGGCUGCAGGAGGAGGAGCAGAAGAACCCCCGGGAAGUGAUGGAUCCCCGAGAGGCAGCCCAGGCCAUCUUUGCAUCCAUGGCCCGUGCCAUGCAGAAAUACCUUCGGACCACCAAGCAGCAGCCUUACCACACCAUGGAGAGCAUCCUGCAGCACCUGGAAUUCUGCAUCACACAUGACAUGACGCCCAAGGCCUUCCUGGAGCGGUACUUGGCAGCUGGACCCACCAUCCAGUACCACAAAGAACGCUGGCUGGCCAAACAGUGGACAUUGGUGAGCGAGGAGCCAGUGACCAAUGGGCUUAAAGAUGGCAUCGUUUUCCUCUUAAAACGCCAAGACUUCAGCCUGGUGGUCAGCACCAAGAAGGUGCCAUUCUUCAAACUCUCCGAGGAAUUUGUGGAUCCCAAGUCGCACAAAUUUGUCAUGAGGCUGCAGUCAGAGACCUCAGUGUGAUUGUGCAACAACAGAAGAGUGGGAGACUCUGGGGGCUCCUGCAGGGUGGGGGGGGCUUAGUUCUCAGGCCCAGCCACAUGUCUGCCUCCCUUCUUCCUCUUGCUCUUGUGUUUUUUUUUGUUUUUUUUUUUUUACUUGAAUUAACUUACCCUUCACCCUCCCAUCUUCCUUAUUUUACCCCAUGUGAACCUGGAGAGGCCAUUCUGCUGGUUCAUUCUGGAGGGGCCAUUCUGCCCCCCACCUUUUAUCACUCCAGACCCUGCAGUAUCUGUGCCUCUCCCUUUCCCAGACUUUUCCCAGAUGGCAGUCCCUUCCGAAAGGGCACAGGGCCCUCCCGAUUGUACCUUCCUGUCUUGAGCCCCUACUCACAAAUCCAAGUCCUUUUAAGAAUUCUCUCCAGUGGUCCCUGACAGGGUUUCUUUGGGGAUGGAGGGGGUGGAGGGAAUGGAGGUGGGGGCCCAGAUCUGACUCCAGAGAGCCACAGUGCCAAACUUCUCUAGACUAGCAGCUGCUAUGCUGCCCACCCUCCUCAUCACUCCAGAGUUAGGAGUUUCCCUGCAGUGCUAUUUGUCUCCAGCUGUUAGAAACCCCCUUUCCCCAUCCCCACAUAUUAGAGCAAAGAAAGACCCAGAACUUAAUGUGGAAAUAUCCACCUGCCUCAUCUACCAUUUCUGGUUUGUAUGGUCCCAUGUGAUCACAGGCAAACUGAGGUGGAAGCUCUCUGAUCACUUUACCAGGGCUGUGGUAAUGUGUCUUUCCUGAAUAGCUCCUGUGUGGAGGGGCGGGAUAGAUCCCUGAGAUUCUGACAGACCCUAGUCACUGAUCCCUGCUGUUUGAACAUGCCCUGACCUUUAUUCCCACCCUUCCCAGUGAAGGAUGGCAUAUAGACUCCUGUAAACAGCUAGCUGUGUGCAGCUUCCAACCAGCCCUGUAGUCUUAGACAUUUUCUUUUCCUGUACCAGUUACCCCAGUCCUGCUGACUUCCAGCUCUGGAGAUCUGUUGCCUCAUCUAUGUGUGGGGGAGGGGUCAGCAGCUCCUCCUCAUCCCCUGCCUUAAAUCCAGUUCUUUGCCUCAGGGGUCUCUUUACCUUGGCCUUCAAGGGUCCCCUCUUCUUCUCUCCCUGCCUGGUUUUCUGGGCUCUCUGUUGGGAUGAGGGACCAGGAUUACUGCCUUUUGUGGGUAUUUAGCUCCUUACUCUGUUUUAGCUUCUAUAGCUUUUGCACCAAAUCUGAAUGCUCCCGAGUUUAGAUCUCAUUUUGAGCAAAAUUCACUGGCCCUCUAAUAAAUAUUUUCAGAGUAAAUGUGAGCCUUGAAAUCAGUCCCCUUUGAAUUAUGUCAUUUUCACCACAGAGAGUAGAAGUAGGAAAUCCCCAUAUACAUCCAGUCAGGAUCCAUGCAUAUGGCUGGGAUGCCCUGGGCCACUUCUUUCAAUAACUCCUAUUGCCGCUGUCUAUGUCUUUAUUUUCCUUGAAAAAUGUUCUGUCCCUUGUGCUACAAAGCAUACCCUGAGAUAAGAUGCCUGUUAGUCUCAGCUGGGAGACUUUUUCUCUGAAGUGAUAGUUCUGGGGGUUGAUAGAGCCUAGUGGUUAGGUUCUUUUACUAUUCUUUCCCAAAAGGCCUCUCUACCCACCCCUAACUAAGGAGGGGCUCAUCUGCCAGUGCCUAUCUUGUUCUCAUAAGAAGAUGCUGACUUAGGUAGGGCCUCAAGCUUCAUCUAGGGCUGGGGCUAGAAGUCCCUGCAUAGGCCCAUACGAGGUCUAUCCUGAAAAGGAGGUCAUGGAAGGUCUCAUUUCUUCAAAAAUCAGGUUUCAGAGGAAUUCCUUUUGGGUCACAUAAAUACCUCACUAUCCUGGAAAACAGGGCCUGGAUGGUGAUUGGGGGCAUUGCCUUUUGUGGGUAAGAGUGGGAGGAUAUGGUGUGGCUUGGGGUAUGGGUUGGGGUGGGCAAAAAAAGUAUUUGGAAUCUUAGUUGCUGCCCUCGCUUAGGGUCUGGGGAGUAUUAUAAGAACCUGCCAUGUUUUUAAAUCACUGUGAGUUUUUCAUUCCUUUUUCCUAAAGCAAAAAGAAUCCCCACCCCCCACCCCAAUCUCUUGUCUAAGCACUAAGGGCUGUGACUAAGAAUGAUAGCAUUUUGGUCCUUUGUGUCAGAACUGUGGUAUCUUUGUCUCCUUUGGUUACUAUUAUUAUUUUUUAAGAAGAUGUCUGGAUGGAUCGUCAAACAUAUGGCUGUACGUGUCCUUUUGCUUCUCCAGUAAGGGAAGUUGUCUCCAUGCUGUGAACUGCUCUCUGGUGGGCAGCUGACUCAGCUCUUCUAAGCAGUUUCCCCACUAGGCUUGUCCCACCACUUGCUUGAUUUUCUCAUUUUUUCUGCUUUGGGGAUGUGACUACCUACUUCCCCCCUCUCCACCACCACCACCACCACAUGAUGCUUUGUUGAGCCUCUCCAGUGCUCUUGUUUCUAUGACUACAUAGCAUCCUAACUCGUUCCCAGUAUAUCUACUCAGCCUUUCCUUUCAUUCCCUUGGAACACUUGCCCUUCUUCCUUCCACACCAGGACACGGUGCCUCAGUUCUUCACCUACCUCGCCAUUCUAUCACUGUCCAUGCCAAUCCCUUUCUCUGAGUGUUUGUGAUUUCUGUGUAUUCUUAUUUAUGUCCCUCUAGUCUCACUUCCUGUUCCCCUCCAUUUCAGUGCUUCAUUUCCUACUUCCCAGACCACCUCAGCAUUCCCACCGCAAACCCUGAUCCAACACCAGCAAUGGGACAUCAGAAUUCCUGGAGACUUCUCAUCUGAAACACAGGAUUUAUGCAGAUGAGCUCAUUUGCCCCUUCGUGGCAGUCUGAUUUCUCUUCCCUCUGCCCUCUCUGCGGGGCAGUAUCUGCUGAUGGAUUCAGUCCUGGUGUGUGAUCGUGAUUUGUUCUGUGUGUAAAAGGAAAGGGGCUUUUUUUAGUCCCUUCCAAGUGAGAUUGUAAAUGUAGAUUUUUUUUCCACUGUUGGAUCUAGAUGGUUUUCUUUUUUUUUUUUCUUUCACUUUUAUUGGGGGGUGGGGUUUACAGAGCUGAGACCCUGUGCAUGCAUGUAGAAAAUUGUAAAAUGUAAAUUUUUUUUAAUAUAUAAAAAGCUUGUUUUUACAGUUUGCAGUGGAUUAAACAUUAUGGCAAUUUUAAGGAUUUUUUUUCUUAAACAUAGGAACUAAAACUGUACAAUUUUUUUUAUAUAUAUAAAAUAAAGACAUUUGACUUUUGUGGGGGCAUUCUGUUGGUUUUCUUUUUUCACAGUAGAUCCUGUUCUUUGCUAGAGAGUUGAGUGGACAGCAGGGGGCAGUGUGAACUCGCCAUUGCUUCCCAGGUGUGGGGUUGUGGUGGAUGGCAAGGAAAAAUGGAAAAGGACGCUGCUUGUUCUCAAGCCUGAUUCCUCCA